AAAAAAAAAAAACAUAGUGCAAAACAUAGUGCAGUACCUGUGACACCAAACUCACUGGCCGGACCCUUUUUCACCGGCGGCAUACUAGCUGUCAUCUACUUGUAUCUUUCACUCUGCUUUAUCUAUCCAUAAUUCUGAUUUUUUGUAUAAAAAACAAGGAAUUGGAAGAAGAAACAAUGUCGGGCAUUCGAGAUGAUGACGUGGCAGAGAAGAUGGAGAGAAAUAAUGUGGAUAAUGAUGAUGAUGAUAUUGGACAUCAAGUCGAUGAUUUGUUUGCGAAGGUCGAGAAGCUUGAGCAAAAAGUAAAUGAGAUUGAGGAGUUCUACUUGACGUCAAGCAAAAAGCAAUCUGUUGUUUCUCCGAAAAGCUUGUCUGCGAAAGAUAAAGAGAAGGUAAGGCAUAUUCCAGGAAUUAAGAAACAUCAACAAGAAACAGCACGUAGAGAGGCAGCUGCUGCUAAGAGAAUGCAGGACAUUAUGCGACAAUUUGGCUCAAUUCUGCGUCAGAUCACUCAGCACAAGUUUGCCUGGCCAUUUAUGCAACCAGUAGACGUUGAAGGUUAUGGAUUGCGUGACUAUUAUGAGGUGAUUGACAGGCCCAUGGACUUCAGUACAAUAAAGAAUCAAAUGGAGGCGAAGGAUGGUACUGGAUACAAACAUGUCAGGGAUAUAUGUUCGGAUGUGAGGUUGGUUUUUCAGAAUGCCAUGCAAUAUAAUGAUGAUAAAAGUAAUGUUUAUAUGAUGGCCAAAACUUUGCUGGAGAAGUUUGAAGAGAAAUGGCUUCAGUUUUUACCAAGGGUUACUGAAGAGGAAAAAAAGCGAGAUGAAGAAGAAGCAGAAGCACAGCUGAACCUGCAGCGUUCUCAGGAGGCAGCUCGUGCUAAAAAGGCUAGGGAUCUAAGUAACGAGCUGUAUGAAGCGGAUAUGCGGUUAGAAGAAUUAAGAGAAACUGUGGUUAAAAAAUGCAGGAAAUUGUCGAUUGAAGACAAAAGAAACCUUGGAAUAGCUCUCACUCAGUUGUGUCCAGAAGAUCUUAGCAAGGCACUAGAUAUUGUAGCUCGGCAUAACCCUACUUUUCAUUCAACAGCAGUAGAGAUCGAUCUUGACAUCGAUGCUCUGAGUGAAUCCACAUUAUGGAGGUUAAAAUAUUUUGUAAAAGAUGCUCUAAAAGGUCAUUGGAUAAAAAAUGCAACCAUUGGAGUUGGCAGUGGAUCUAACAAUCCCGUGAACAUAACGAAAACAGCAAACAUCACCAAAACCAUCGCCUCCAAACGGAAAAAGCAGAUAUGCAAUGCACUAGCUCGGACUGCAAAGAAACAGAAUCAGAAGCACCCUUCUUAGGAAUGAUGCAUAGCUACACACAUGUUGUCUAGCAUUCUUUUGGGCUUCGAGGAAGCACUAGAAUUAGCCUAUUUGACCUACUAAACCAAGUAAGUGGCGCAGUUCCUUCAAUUUGAGCGGAGAGGUGGAAUCAGGGUUUUGUCAGAACAUGAUGUUCUUGCCAUGGCCCACUUUGAAGGUAAUCUUAUUAAUGUAAAAUGUAAUAUUACACAAUGUAUGCAUGUAUGACUGACUCAUAGUAUGUAUAGGAUCAUGUCAUAUUCCCUGUUUUUAUCUUUUUGAUUCAUGCAUCAGUAAGUUAACAGGGUGCGGCUUUUGAAUUAUAGUUUACUGCACCCAUAGUAGUCUUUUUUGUUGGUUCAUUGUGAUCCAUGUAUUAUUUACACCGGUUGUUUCAAGUAAGACUUAAAUCCUCUGGCCAUCACAGUUUUGUAUCUGGUGAGUUUAGACCAGAGUGAUAUAAAGCGCAUACUUGAAAGGCCGAAAUGCCUCUCAAGUUCCAUGUUAUCUCAUACUUGUAUACAUAUAGGGUACUAGAGAAGAUUGGGAAGACAACGAGUUAUGAAUCCCUUCUGAAUAACUCCUGUAAAAGUUUUUUCUGUUUCUGAUGAAAAUUUUAGUUUGGUGGAGGUGUGAAAAUA